GGUAAAGAUGGAAAGAGGAAGAGGAGGAGGAGGAGGAAGGAACCUGGGAGGCUCUGGCCUGCACAGGAACAUUUAUUCCCAGUCUCAACAGCAGUACCACUACCCGGCCUCCUCCCAGGGGAGCUGCAUGGAGAUCCAGGAGCUGGCCUCCAAGAGGGUGGACAUCCAGAAGAAGCGGUUUUAUCUGGAUGUGAAACAGAGCUCCCGCGGCCGCUUCCUGAAGAUCGCCGAGGUCUGGAUAGGAAGGGGCAGACAGGACAACAUCAGGAAGAGCAAGCUGACCCUCUCCUUGUCCGUGGCUGCCGAGCUGAAGGACUGCCUGGGGGACUUCAUCGAGCACUACGCCCACCUGGGCCUGAAAGGCGGCCACGGCCACCGGCACGAGCACAGCAAUGACAAGGAGCAGCAUCCCCGGAGGCGGCCGCAGCACCCGCCGCCUUCGCCCCCCGUGUCCGUGGGCUCCGAAGAGCCGCCUCACAGCGUCCUCAAAACGGAGUACAUCGAGAGGGACAACAGGAAGUACUACCUGGACCUGAAGGAGAACCAGCGCGGGCGCUUCUUGCGGAUUAGGCAGACCAUGAGCAGGGGACCUGGCAUGAUGGGUUACUUUGGUCACAGCUUGGGACAGGAGCAGACGAUCGUCCUCCCGGCGCAAGGGAUGAUCGAGUUCAGGGAUGCUUUGGUCCAGCUGAUUGAAGAAUACGGCGAAGGGGACAUAGAGGAUCGCCGGGGGGGAGGCGACGAGCCCCCGGAGCUCCCCGAGGGCACCUCCUUCCGAGUGGACAACAAGCGCUUCUACUUCGACGUGGGAUCCAACAGGUACGGCAUCUUCCUGAAGGUAAGUGAGGUGAGGCCGCCCUACCGUAACACCAUCACAGUUCCGUACAAAGCGUGGACACGGUUCGGGGAAAAUUUUAUCAAGUACGAAGAAGAGAUGAGGAGAAUUUACAACAGCCAUAAAGAGAAAAGAAUGGAUGCCAGAGGGGACAGUGGUGAAGAGCAAGAGGGUCUGGAAUAGAGUGCAUUGGACAAUUAACCAAACAAAGCAAGCAGAAAUUGGUGAGAGGGACUGACCUAUAGUAAUUCCAAGUUGCCCCAGUUUUUUGUAAAGUCCUUUUCUGGUAGUUCUUGCUAACUCCAGUACAUGAUGUUAUAGGAGUCUGGUUGUCACGUUAAACUAUGCCCAAAACAUCUCCGUAUGUCUUAGGAAAGGACCAACCUCCCGAGUCCGUAUGAGUCAGCUGCUUCGAGUGUUGGAGACUGUGGAAGUACGAGUAUCAGCACAAACAAAAUCCGGCACCCUGACCUUUAAAUAGUCUAGAAAAGGCUUGUGUUGCACUUAAACACGAUACAAAAGUACCCCCACCCUGAACCUUAUGAUGAAAUGUAUCAGUUUCUGCUUAUCACCAGUUUUUCAGGACUGGCUUCUGCCCGUGCUCGGUCCAAAGGCCGAGCAGCAUUGCCGUAGAGCGUUAAUGGCAAAAAUCAGCUCCACGCGAAUCUCUGGUCGGUGUGUGAGGAGGGAGAGAGGUUUUAAAGUUGGCAUCUCCUGGUUAUUGAGUUGGAAAAAAUAAUCUGUUUAUGGGUAAAAUCUUGGUAACCGGUCAGACCUCGGUCACGUGCUGGUGAAGGGCGGAAGAUCUGUCAUUCAUUCCGUAGUUUUGUGCUGAGCAGAUAACCUGAGUAUCCCAGGACAGCGGAGUGCUCAGCCUUCUGAAUUAAUGGCAGUAAAUAAUAACCCACUCCUCAUCUCCCUGUUCUGCCCGUUAGAGGCUGGUGAUCUUUUCUUUUUUUUUUUUUUUUGUUUUUAAUGUAUUUUGUCAAAAAUUUCAGAAGGUAUUUUUGUAUUGGGCAUUCCAGCAGGCGACUGUGGAGCGGGUGUUGGGAGGUGGAAGGAAUGCUGCGACCGAGGCUCCCAGUUGAUGGGCUUCUCUCCCAGAUUAAUGCGGUUCGGGAUGUUACCUGUGCGAGGAAAGCAUUUGGGUGUUUUCCUCCUCCUGCCAUGAGGAAGACCUUUGGGGUGUUGGGCGCACCGCUGGAUUCGGGUAGAAGGGCAUCUCUUCCACGCUCACCCGUGGUGCGUUUCGGAAGCUCUGGUGGAUUUUCUGUUGUGUUGAUUGUGGGUGGUGUUGGGGAGACAACAUCCGUGCCCUGCCAUCACCGCCUUCCCGCCCUGCUCCGAGCUGGAGCUGUCCUUGAGCGGCUCCAGUCCCCAUCUCGCCUGUCCCAAGGUUUCGAUGUCAUCCUGGAGUCUUUGUGAUGUAAAUUUUAAAUCUCAUGAUAUUAACUCUCUGCCUGGAGGGCAAAUAUGUGCAAUUACCUGGUUGGGAGGUUGAUGAAAGAUUCUGUGUUUCUUAAAACAUGAAUAUUUAUAACAUAAGGGGCUUGUCCAGCCUUUGGGCGACCAGCUCCUUCCCCCUGAACCAGCGGGAGUUUGAUUGAGCUCCAGGUACUUCUAGUAGCGUGUUGCUCACCUUUAAGAUUGUUUUAAGCAGGCAUUACCGUGUCUGAUCAGAUAUUUGUAAUCACUCAAAUUGUUUCACUGCAGAGUGGCCUAGUGUGCAUGUGGACCAGCUCUUUUUCCAUGCAACCAUGACCUGUUUUAUGUUUCAGCCUUUUGAGAAACAUCUUUAUCUCCAACCAGACCGUUCACCACUCUGAGUCUGGAGCCACCUGCACACUGCAUGGCCACGCUCAAUCCGAAUGCUGUUGCCUGUUAAUGUCAUAAUGAGAAAGGUUGGGGAGACAGGGUUGGGAACCAAGAGGAUAAUCUGGAUUUUAGUUUGGGUACUAAAACUAGUCAAUCUGUUUUAAGUUUUAAAAAAAGGAAAAAAAAAAAAAUAAAAAAAAAUAACAGCUUGCACCAAAGUCACCAAAGAACCUUUAGGAAAAUGUUACAGUUGUGACAAGAAGUAAGAAAGUUAAUUUCACUGUUUUAGGUGAUUCCCCCUUUAAGACCACAUAUAGCAGUUACAGCAACCAAGCCUUUGGCUUAGUGUCAAAAACUCCCAUCCCUUUCUCCAUAGGUUGCUCUUUCAGGUCCCUUUUCAAACCUGGAAGAGAAGUUUUCGCUCCAUCACUCGAACAGCCAGUGGACCGCGAUGAAUCAGCGGGAGUUGUGCGGGGUUCUGGUUCAUCGUGGCUCUUACGGCUUCGAUCCCAAGUGGUUUUAACAGGUCAAUUAAAAAAAACCCCAUAAAACCCCAAGUUAAAAGUUAAAAGUACUUUUUACAUCCUGUUAGGUGUGAAACCAGAAUUUAGUGAAUGAGUCGUUGAUGCGUACGUUAGCGUAUCGCUGACUGCUGCUGCCCGUCACAGUGCCUGAGGUAAAGAAUUCACUUCUAGUCCAACAAACCGGAGCUAUGAAUGUACGAACUUUUUACGCUCUCCUUCCCCUUUCUGUGUGGCAUUCCUCCCCUGUGAGCUCGGCAUCUCCCAUCCCUGCCCGCCUUUGCCUCGAGGGAUCGUAGAAGCUCCUCGGUUGGAAUUAGCCCGAGUGGCCACGUGUGUUGUAAGUGCUCAUGCCUUCCCUGUGUUCCCAUAGUGUUGGUGAGGAAAUCGGUGGUGAUUGGAAAGGGAUGUUUUCUUCACUGUUUUCAAGGGAAAAAAGGAUGCAAAAUUGCUUUCCUCAUUGCUGCCCAUUUAUUCUAAAACCCCUUUAUCUUUCAUUAAUGAAUUGGCCUUCCAAUGCCGUUAGUUUGUCGUAAAUAUCACCCAGGAAUCCAACAACUGCUGGCUACCGGCCGGCCUGGGUUCUGGCACGCUGUUAUCCCGUAGGAUCCGCUAAUGCAUUUACUCCCCUGGCACGGGAUGCACCUUAGUAUCCAAACCUGGAUCGGGAUCUUCACGUUCGUUGCCGAUCGCUCGUGGGUAGACCAGCGGCCGUGGGUUUCCAUCGCAGUGGAAAGCGGCGGCGUUGGCGGAUGUUGGGUUGGAUGGAUAACGGCUUUCCGCGCGGUGGGAAGCAGAUGUCGGGUUGGAGGGUGGUAGGGAUGCACUCGGAGUGUAGCAAUGCAAGACUUGAACGGCGAGAUUCGGAAACGGGUUCCUUUGUAUUUUCAGCAGCGCGUCUUCAGCUUCCCAGAGCAGUGACCACGCGGGCUUCUGGUGCCCAGAAGGGCCCAGCGAGAUGCUCGGGAACACUGAAUCCCUGAUGUGUUUUAAAUGUUCGUUCCUGACGCCCUGAAACUGCCAUGUCCCUUAAACUUGAGAAAACACAAGCUUAUUUGCACUAGAAAGAAUGGCCAAAAACAAUCCUUAGGAGGACAGGGUGAAGAGCACCGGUCUGAACCUCUUUUUCUCAUAAGAGAAUUUCCUAUUCAAGCCCUCACCUCUGUUUCAAAAUUGUAUGGUCCCGGCAGAAAGUCUGUCCGUUGAAUUAUUAAAUCCUAAUGCACUUUAUAUUGUGUAAAUAAUACUAGGAGCACAUUUCUGCUCCCGCUCCGGUAAGGGGAUGCUUUGGUAACGUAGUCUAAUGCUGAGAGAAGCCGUCUCCUGCAUGCACGUGUCUGUUAGAGACCUGUUGAUCCUGCUUGGUCCAGCUCCGCUCGUAUGUUAGAAGAGGACGGGCGCUGUGUCGAGGGUCCUCUCAAGCCACCAAGGGUGGGAUGAUGAUUUGGUUCUUUAAAUUGCAGUCUGCAGAGCUGCUGAGCGUCCUCGCCUCUGCCGUGGCAGCGGCUCCUCGCCCCUUCUGCAACCACGGGCCCCCUGUGUUGCUGUUGAGGCUUAAAACCGAGCUUUAGCUUGACAAAGCUGAGUCCAGCAGCUGCCUUGUACUUGGCUUUCCCUGCUGCUGGUGCAAGAGGAGGGGUGGUCCCUGAAAAGCUUAUCCUGCAUGGAAGGGGCUGCGGGGGCUUCCCCUGCCUUGCGGCCGGGGCGAUGUUGUGCUGGGUCCGGCCCAUGGAGCCGGCUUUCCUGGCAAAGUGCAGAGCUAUGGAAGGGUUGGGGAAGCGUUUUGCACUGGUGUGGAGAGGGCGACCCGGCGGGCGCUGCGGGGGGAACGGCCAGACCCUCCCUCGUGGGCUCCUCGCGUGCAGCCUGGAUGGACGGUGGACUUUACCCAGCGAGAAGCUGCAGCGGUUAUUGGUAUCUACUCGUCGUCGUAAGUGUUUCUUAUCUGUAUCCGAUAUAUACCGAUUCAUAUCCACGUAUAGGCAUUAAUAUAUUUAUGUGAGUAUAUUGUAGCCUGUAGUAGCUCGUAGCGAAAUAAUCUUAUUUAUCUGAAGUGCAGUCUGAGGAGGGGACGUCUGCUCCCACCACCGGUCUGGAUAAACAAGUUAUUCCACCCAGAGCUGGGUGCGAGCCCUUGGCUGCGGCCCUCGUAAGAAUUCCGUAGGUUCUCGGCAAGGCUGCGAGGGAAAGCGUAGUUAAAAGAAGGCAAAGCUCUUCCUUGGAGGCGUCGGUGAGAGCUGUAAAGAGGCAGCUGCCGGCCACGUCGUGUCUCCAUGCCAUUUUACAACCCCUGGCUCUGCAAUUCUGUACUGCCAUGUUCAUAAAAUCCCGAGCAGAAGUAUUAAAAUCCCAUCCUUUAUACAAAAAAGAACCCCCAAGCGAUUACCAAAAUCAAUGUCAGCGCUUUUUUUUUUUUUUUUCCCCAGCUACAGAUGUCCUAGUCUGAUAACUGCAUCAUUUUUUUCCCCGCUAUGGCCUAUUGAAGUGACCUAAACUCCCAUGGAAGGGAGCUGGUGGUGGUUAGGAAGCCUUCUGCUCGUGUGACUUGCAGCCCUGUUUUCCAAUUCUAGUAAUUUUUAUAGUAGAAAGGAGUUUAUUACUGUGUAUUUUUAUUGGGCGGAUUUUGCACCGGGUCAAAAAUUACGUCCUAAGCGUUUUCAGUUCCAUGGCAUUCCCACUUUUGCUGUUCAUGCACUAGAUAUAUGCCAUUUGUGAAAGAAUUCCUGAAGAAAAUUAGACCUUGGGUUUCAUUUUCUAUGCUGCUUACUCCGAAAUUAAGUUGCCCUUUAUUUUUAAUGACUUAACGUGUUGUGAUGUCUAAAAUUCACCUUUGCCCUCCUACCCCUCCGUUCCUUUCAAGUGAAGGUUGCGUUUGAAACGAAGAGUUCAUUCAGGAAGGAGCGGAAUUAAAGGCUACACCUACAUAAGCUGUACCCAAGCGAGGCUGUCGCAUCACAGCCUUUGCCAAAAUGGAUUGUUUUUGCAAAAUGAUCUGGUCUUGCCUAAAAAUGGCCUAAUCCUGUCACGGCCACAGGAAAAAAGCCCCGGCUAGGGGACAAGGUGCUUUUGGAUUUGGGGGAUUUGGAAGAAGCUAAAGCCAGGUCUUUUGCUGUUCUGUUUCUCCAAAACCUGCGGAAGAUUUCAUGGGCUGACAUCAAUUUUUCUUCCUAAUAUUUUGUCAGCCUGUGUUCAGUUCCCCACCUGCACCUCAGUAAAGGCAACAGUAUUCUAAAGCAUCAAGGUGAAGUAAAAUAUCAAGAACUCCUGAUAGAUGACAUGGAUUAAAAAUUGGUUUUCCAGAAAUGUCAAAGCAUAAAUUGAGGUUUUAUAAGCCGGAUGUCGUUUUGGCAUUUCUGUGAUGGAUGUAAUUAGAUCGCUCCUUCCCCAUGCGGAGGGAGGCAUCACGCGGAACCCGAACCUGCAGCCUCGGGGCUCUCUCGUGUGCACCAACUUCUGGAAAGGUGCAGGUGCCUGCUGGCUUCUCGUGUGUGGUGGAUGUGGCUGCUUUCCUACUGGCCUAGCCUCAAGGGGCCUGGCUGCCCCCCCUAUAAAACCAUCAUUAACGACUUGCUAAUUCAUCUUCUUAAUUGCUAGGCUGCACAGAAACGCUUGGAGUGGCACAUGGAAAUUGCUAGCUCUGCACAGAGUCGAAACUUAAAAAGGCCUGUUCUGUCUUUCAGGGGUUUUAGACCCAUCCAACACACCAGUAUUAAACUGGGAGGGAUAGCGGCUCCUGCCUCGGUGGCGUUGGUUGGACACGCAGACAGUCGGACGGAUUUCUUGACCGCAGUGGGGGAAAUCCAUCCUGCAGGCGGGAGUUUGCAUCUGCUCUUCGUCGUGAUCAUUUGCCACGCAGAGAUUAAUUGGAGGCAAAGAUGGCCCUCGGUGGCGGCUGCUGGCAGCCGGAGAAAGCCGAGGCUUCGUGCCCGGCCCCGCUCGGCACCGCGCUGGCACAACAUCUGUGAAUUCGUGUGUGGGCACAAAUGAACGCAGAGGCGAGGGAGAGAGGAAUAUUAGAGAUAUAUAUGCACGGACAUAUCGCAAAUACUCGUUUUUCCCCCAUUUCCAAUAGGUCUUUCCCUUGGAGAUAUUAAAACGCUAUCCAUCGCCUACUCUCUUUCCCGUAUCGGAGACGUUCGGUGUGCAAUAGGAGCGAGAUGGGUUUCACAAGCAAUAUCAACAUACUCUACUACUAACCUUAAAUCUUUACACUGCAAAGCGCGUGCAACAGAAUCUGCAUUUCAAAACAGCAGAGAGUAUGUGGGAUAAAAGACACGGGUUAACCCCAGGCUCUUACGAGUAUUCCCAUCUGGUCCUUGUUGGGAGCACAUGUUGUUGGCACAAUGCAGAGGGAGAGGGGGUGUAAGAGCAGAGAUAAGUGCUUCCCACCGAGGCAGAGGAACGAAAAGGCAGGAGGGGGCGGAGGGAAGUGAGGACAGGAUCCGUGCUCCAGGGAAUCACAGAGCAUGAGGAUGGUUUAAUCCAUAGUAGCAGGAAUGGGCGGCACUUUUGGCAUCGGAGUCCCACAGAGCUGGGGUGGGAGACGCAGAGCCUGGAUCCUAAUGCUUUACUCAGGGACCUGAGUGGUUCUCUUGGGCUGGUUCUCUUUCCUCUUUGGGAUCAGUAACACGCUCUGCAAGUGUCUAACCUUGCCAACAAACGCACUGGGGCCAAGCUUGUCCGAUGCGUGGAGUUACUGCUUUUACAGCUCGCCCUUUGAGGCUCACGUGGCUUGGCUCUUGGGAGGCCCAUCCAGGAAUACCUGCAGCAGCUUAGGGGAGCACACAAGUGUUGGUGGCCUGUAAGGUUUGCUGAUGCCAUCCCAAUUUAUGGAUGCUUGUGUGUGUUUUUCACCAGAGCCUUGCUCCGCACGCUACGUCAGCUGCCUCCCACUCCAGGAACGAGCGAUGGAGUGCUGUGUGUAUCCAUGGGGCAGCUGCUCUUUUCCAUCGCUCAGGAAAGGGCUUGGCGAAGGCUGGAGGGGAUCAGAGGGGGAAGGAAAUUGGCUUUCAAGAAGCAAUCUCGUGCCUGCCUUGGCAAAGGGGUUUGUGUGGUUUCUAACAAGAUCCUGCGGAUGAUCUCCACUUGUACCGCCUUCGCUUUCCUGGGCCUGCCACUCUGAGGUCUGAGGUGCAGCAGGGGUCGGUGUCAACAGCUGUGGAAAGCUGUGCUUUGAACCAGUGAAGUGCUGGAGUAAUUGCCUGGGAAAGCUGUCAGUGUGUGGAGCAGGGCCUCCUGAUAAUGGAGAUGGGAUCGCUUUGGCUUUAUCCUGCCUGUGCCUGUGUUCUCCACCACUAAAAGGGGGUGGACGAUACCUCCCUACCUCAAAGGCGUGUGAGAGUUCCCGCGAUGAUCUGAUGCUGAUCGAUGCCGAUGAUACCCAAAAGCGAGACAGGGAGAAAUUUGGGAUGCAAUGUAGUGUUUGGAAGGUGUCUGACUCUAAACUUGAAUUUGCAAGUGCAAGGGUGCCUCUAAUGGUGCAUUUCAGGGCUGGGUACAGAGCAAAAAGCAUCCAUAUUUUUCCCAAGUUGAACAACCUGGAAGAAAGCUGCUCUUUCGAAUCUCUCAUGCUGUAUAUUCCCAGUUUCCCUCCCUAAGCUAUGUCACCCUACUUCCACUCAGAUUCUUUUCCUGCUGUCCAGUCCACGUGUCCCUUGCUUCCAUCUAAUUCUAUUGCUUUUUGCCUUACAGGCUGUGCUCUCCAGAGGAGUUAUAUAAACAAUUUGGUUUCUUCCCUGCUGCGGCUCUUACACAUAAUUAAAGGCUGUUGUCAGGUCUCUUCUGCAUCCUUUCCAAAGGAGAUACAAAACCUUCCACCAAGGGUAAUUUUUAGCCCUGCUCAUGUUCUCAUUGCUUUCUGAUUGGUUUGUUCAAACAUAAAUGUAAGGAAAGCACUGAGUGACAAUACAAGCUCCCUGUGCCAGCAUGUUUGGAAAUACAGGUUUUCCCUUAUGUUCCUCAAUCUCCCGGGAUUCUGUGUUGUCAUCAUAUGAAGAGUCACAGAAAUAUUGGCAUGAACUUCCCCUCAGUAAGAUUUUUUGAGAAUUUUGUGUGGGUCCAGCCAGAGAGGAGCCCCUCCUGUCCCACGCUGUCACCACUCGACAUGGAUACAUGAUGUAGAUUCAUCCCAGCACCAUCCAGAAGGGCAUUUAGGCGUUUGACCAACGUGUGUCGGGCAGCUAUUUCUUCCCUCCUCUUCCUAGGGAAGAGGCUGGAUGUGCCAAUGCAGCCCUGGUAUUUUUAACAUAAAUGAAUUAUCCCUGCUGUUCCGUGUUAAGGGGUGAGCUGGAGCACGUCAUGUGCUGGCAGCACGCGAGCAAACCUCAGGGCUCGCAGGGAGCCGAGCCUGGCGUUGGCGUCGCUCCCACCGCUUCCCUUGGCAACUGGUGUUGAGCAGGAGCCCGUUUGUCUCUGGAAGUUCCCCCUGGACCUGUUGCUGUUUGGCAAAUUGUCAUUUUUGCUUUGGGCCUGGAGGAGGCUGCUGUAAUGCUGCCUGGCUGGGAAGUACCUGAUGUAAAAGGAGUCUCUCUCUCCUGGGAAGCUGGCAGGGGGAAUCUAAAGCCGGAGACCUUAGGCUUUGGGAGAGAGGUGACGGAGCAGUGCUCUGGAGGAAAUGCAGUUCAGCGUGCAGUCAACAGAUGUGUUUUCUCUUUGGGUUGUCUUCACGACAGCUGCUUGUUCUUUCCUUCUAGAUGUUUGAACAGUCCUGAGAUCUCCAUAGGGCUGCCUAGAACAGGAAUUUGUGAGGGAACUGGGCUGCCUCCAAGGACAGUCUCUCUCCUGAGACUCCAAUGAACAUGGCAAAGUGUUUGAAAAGCUGAGCAUCGUGCUGGUGGCACUUUUUAGAAAGAGUUUUUCCCAGGUAGAUGUCGCAACAGGGGUGAGCAGAGGUUACUGGCAGCCAAGAACAGAGGGCAAGGGUUUGAUCUAGUUCUUGGCAGUAGGAUUUAUCCUAGAUUCGACAGCUCAGUUAGUGUGCAUAUCCCUGUAGCAUGUGAUGAAGUUUUUCAAUUUAAGCAUUUCUAAUAAUCUCUCCCAUCCCAGUAAAAUUAGGGAAAGAGAUUUUUGGCUGAAAUGUUCACCUGUAAGCUGAGAACGGGUGCCAUGUUCCACAGGGUGAACCAAACUUCCGUGCCUCUUACCUCAGAGCAUAACCCAUAAGCUGGCAUUUUAUUUCUUGCUCUGUCUGGUUGCAAAACCUCAAGGUCACUAAAGUAGCACAGGCAGAAAGCCCUGUAGGGGUUUAUACGGCUGAGUGCAUAGGGACAUUCUCCUCUCGCUUUGCCGGCAGGGCCGGAUCCUGCUUGUGUUGUUCCUUUUCCCUGUUGGAUCACCAACAGUUCAUGUCUCGUGCAUGACCUGGCUCGAGGGCCCUAAACCGCUUUUUUUUCUUAGAAGUUCAGCAUCUUUUUCCUAAGCUUUUCGUUAUGAAUCCCUCUGGAAAUGUUGUGCAAAGCCCGAAUGUGCCUUGGUUCCCUCCCUCACCGUGCGUUUGCUAACUGCUGCAGACGAUGUAGGACAAAAAGACGUGGAGCUGGUUAUAUUUUCCCCAGACAGUCGUUUUGCUCCGUGUCUGUUUUGGUGUGUCUUGGCCUUAACCAUUCCAGGGGUCCUGUUCCUCAGCUCCCGCGUGCUUCUGCAGCGCUUGCAUGGGCGGUGGGGCUCUGGCAGGUGUUACCCUUAGGCUGGGGCAGAUGCUUGGGGUGAAGCUGCAGCAAAGCAGGAGUUUUUUAACCCUGCAGUCAGCCCUUCCCUCAGGGAUGGCUCCCAGGUGGAGUAGGGGUGCGUGGACCAGUUUCCUGGGGCAGAUUUGAUCCUGUGCUGGUGGCAGACUCCGCCGCUUCCUGCGAGCAGCCGGCGCGCACCAUCUCGCUUGUAGGCAAUGUCUGACAGCUUCCCCAGGGAUGAGCUUUGCUGCAUCUGCUGUGAGUGCUGCUCUGAGCUCAGGCUCUUCCUUCCCACCACAGCUCAGUGGCAUGCCUGGAUCCUUUGUUAUGUGUAACCUCAAUUUGGUUUCUUUGAGCAGUGCCAGGAUUUCAUUCUCCCCAGGACAUUUAAAUGGGGUGCAGAGUAAUUAGAGUCGCUUUUCUCUGCGUGUGUAAUUGCAAAUGCUUCCAAAUCAGUUUAGGAAUCGACCCAGGGGUUUGAUGUGGGUGAGUAAAUUCAGGCACGUGGGAUGAGCGUGCCCACAGCAGAGCGGGCAUGAAGAUGUGGAGAUAAGAGCUGUGCCUCUGCCAAGCUCCUCUCUACUCUCUUGCAGUCCUGUACUGACUCCGGUUGCUGCAAUGGGAGCCACCGGGACCAGAGACCACCAGAGCCUGCCCACGAGACCUGGGUCAAAGUGGCAGCAGACACCUGAGCUAGGCAAGGGACCGCCACCCACAGGUAUUGUGUAUCCCAUUAUAACUCAGAGGGAAGGUGUCCACAGCUUUAUCCUGGAUAAACCACAGGAGCCCAACUCUUCCAUCCUUCCUUUUCUGCCUCUUGGACUUUCACCUCUCGCCUGCUGCAUUCCCUCUGGAUACAGGCAUGUCUGUCCUGGGAUCAGCGUGUGCCAGCACGCAGCGUGCACGUAGUCCUGCUGCAUCCCGGCCCCCUCUCCGUAGCAGCAUUUAUUGCUGGUGUCAGCACAGUCAUCCCUCAGCGCUGCCAGGGGUAACCCUUGGAGCUAGCCACUGAUAAGUUCCUUCUAGCUGUCUUAUUGAGAAAAAAAAGAAAUAAAAAAGAGGAGGAGGGAGGUGCUGUAGUCGCCUGAUGAACAUUUUCAUGGAUGCUGCCAGCUUUUUACUGUGGGUUACCUUGGUGAAGGCAUAUUACAGAGACUUUUCUUUUAAAAAGAGCUUAAAACUGUCUGUUUGGCAGUGCUUUGUGUUUUGUGCUGAUCUGUGUGAAACCCCAAGAAAACCCCCAAUCCAGAGGUGGUGCCCACUUAACUCCUGCCUGCGGCAUCAAGCUGCAGUUUAGCCUGUUGCUUUUGACACCUCUUCCCCGCACUUAGGAGGCACCUUCUAAAGCUGGGAUAACCUCCCUAAACCUCCUUCCUCAGGCUCUUCACAGAGGGAAGUUUGCCCUCUUCCUCCCCACUGCAGCCCUCGAGCUGUUGCAAUAGCCCUCUCUCCUUGUUCAAAACCACGCCGGCCUCUUCCUCUCAGCGAGGCUGAAGAUGCUGUGCAGAACAAAACAAGCAAGAGGCCACAAUAUGGGGAUUUUUCACUUGCCUCAGCCUAAAAACCAGCCUCCUCCAGGCUCUCAGUCUUCCAAGAGCUUCCCACCUUUCUAGCCAAGCGGUUUGUUUGCUAGAAGAAAAAUUGGUAGCUUUGUGCUAGCAAUAACUGAAGUCCCCUUUCACUAGCGCAGGCAUUUUCUCCUUUGAAUUCUGUUUGAAUGCAGAAACUAUUGUGAAAUGAGAGCGGUAAUAUCGGGAAAGGGGAAAGCAGAGUGUUCCUCUGGAUAGGGUUUGAUACAAUUUGAAGCUGCUUGUGGAAGAUUGGCUGGAAGGUAAACUGAUUUGGGCUAAAAAAGCUGGUGCUGGUAAAGUGUGUUAGUGACUCUUCAGCAGGUGGUCCAAAAUAGCUUUUUUAUGGUCUCUGACCUCUAGGAAAGAUAACCGGAUUUUUGAUCUUAGAUUGAAGGGACAAUUUCUGCUGGAAGAGACUUGUGUUCUUUAGAAACUAUCCCAGGCUGGCAUUUACUGUCAAAAACAUUUCAUGGAAGCGGACAGACAACAAGUGAAAAAUCACACGUCUGAGUCAACCCCAGGCAAGCCUUGCAGGGCGCUGUCGCUGAGGUAGCCAACCAUCCAGAAUUCAGGAUAGAUCCCCGUUGCCAUCCACCCUUCUGGUGGUCCCUGGCCACCAAAAUUCCCCAUGGACACCUGUGGAGGUGUGAUUAGUCAGGAGCUCCUGGUUUGGCAGCAUCCUGGGCUUGAUCCAUGGGCUGUAGAGGUGUCGUGGCCCCAAGGAAAAGCGUUCCACUCCAACAUUCCCGCGUUGUGUCGGAGCUGCGGCGCCGUACCAGGUGGUGGCUGCUGAGGUGGGUAUUGAGUUAGAGGGGUGCGUUUCCAGAGCAGUGCUUGGUCACCAGCUGUUGUCCAGGACGCAAUGACUUUUUGGUACAGCAGUAAAAAAAAACAACAAAAUAAACCUUUUCUCUUUGAAUUUCAUGUCAGGGGCCUGUUUUCUGCCAAGCUACCCCCCACCGUUUCAAAUGUAUUUUAUUCUCCUUUUCUUUCCACUGGUCCCGUUCCGCUCCGCUCAACAGCUGCCGCAUUUAAUCCCAGAAGCUGCAGUUGGUAGGGAGCAAAGUGAUCUCCAUAUAACCUCUCUCUUACUCAUAAGCGUGCAUUAUGAAGCUUAACCGAUGGUAAUAAAAUGUUUUGCUUUCAACAUGCUGUCCCUGUGGUCCAAUGUUCCCGUCUUCAGGCUCCAUCGUUACGGCGGGGCGAUGGAUCGGAGCUGUUCAGCUGCUCCCCAGGAACGUGCCUGGGAAUGCUGGAUGUAGGCCUCAUGGAUACCCAGCCAGGAGAGAUGGAGAAGGUGGAGCAGAGCCCUUUCCGUGGGUGGUGGCAUCCCCGGCUGCGAGCAGCUCUUGGAGGAAGAUCGUGUCUUGGCAGCCGAGGAAAGAGGCGCUGGGGGUCUUGCUUGGCCGAGACCCAAGCGCAGGUUUUCCCGUCUCCGUAAGAUUGUCUGGCAAUGCAAUCUGGUGUGAGAGCCUCUUCGGGGACCGCGGCGCUACGCAGGGGGAGCGGGAACAGAUUGCAAUCCUGCUGCUUGGUCGGGUUUUCUUCAUCCCUUUCACAACCACUCUGCGGGUUCAUGGCUUUAUUUGGCUUCUUGUGUUUCCUGCCUGCUAAAAAAGGGCAUUUUCAUGCCACCCUGCACGAUGGAUGUUUUCGUCCAGGCGGGAAAAAGGAUGUUUCUCAUCCACGUUUAAGUAACCAUACAAAAUGUGGAAAGUCUGCUUUAGGAAUUUCAUUUUUGUUUACACGCCAUUGAUGCUUUUAUUAAAAGCAUCUUUUCGCAUAUAAAUAAUUUAGAGGUCAUAUGAUUUUCCUGCUCUAAACCCAAAGCAGGGAUUUCAAAGCAGGGAUCUCCAAGCAUCAUUUCUGUGUCACGGUGGGUUGCAUCAGCCCUAGAGCUGUAUUUUUGUUGAACAGGACAGGGUUUUUCCAUAUCUGAGGUCUAUAGCGUUUGGUUUCAAAGAGGAAUUUCCCAGACAGAGCCCCCCAGAAGGUAUCAGAAUACAUGGCUUUGUCAGGCAACGAUAGCAGCUUUUUUCUGGAGAUUGCCAUUUUGUAAAUAAGCUUCUUCUCAAGCAGCACGGCUACAGCUACGAAAGAUGGAUGAUUAUUUCUUCCCAGAAUGGGUCUUCCGCUGCAGGAUCUGGUUUUUAUUGCGAUAAUUAGCAUAGAAUUAAAAAUGGCCCCGCAUCUUCAGCUUGCACUGUGCUGCCUCUGGUACCGAGCAGUCUGGGAUGGUGUUUUCCUUGGAAAUAGGCUGUGUCUGGGAAUCACUCGAUUCACCACUGAAAACCAGUGCACGGAUAUCUGCAGCCUCCAAUGCAGCAAAAGCCUCCGCCUCCAAAGAUAAAUUAUUGCCCCUAUUAUAAACUUUCAAAUCAGUUGUUUUGUUGGAGACUGGAAAAGUUGCUGAGGAUAUUUAGGUGAAAAUUUAAUGCGGCGGCCGGAGCGGGAUUUUAAAAAUGCCUUUAAAUUCCGGAGCUCGGGUUAAAGGUGAGGUCACGGGCAAGCAGACAGCUUUUUCUCCUAAAAAACCUGUAAUAGCUUUUCUUUUUAAAAAUUUAACAGGAUUGCCAGCCCAGGUGGAGGGACAGUUAUUUAGGAUUGUCACACAUGGACGACAGUGUAUCCGUAGGAGAAGCGAAUGCGGCACGACGCGUAAACUUCCUUGUGAGAGCCGUGCAGGAAAUUACUGUGCAAUUGGACGCGGUGUCCUAGCAUUAGAUUUAUUAUCCACUUCCAAAUCAUCUGCCAAAAAUCCUUUCAAUCGGAAGGCAGGAAAGAACAUGUUAUAAAAAGACCUGGGAAAGGAGUCGUUUUGGCACGGGCGUUUUCAGGCUGGUAAUUGUCCAUGCCUGCAGUGUUUGGGUUUGGUCUCAGCACCGAGGUCAACGCUACUUAAACCAAGCGUGAUCCCCAUGCCAGGGUAUGGCACGGGGUGAGAUGUGCCAGUCUUGCAGGAUCAGGCUUGAAUACAGCCCUGGAAGAUUCUUCCUUGCCCUGAGUCUCUUGCUCAGCGAUUGCUUUUAAUCCUGCAAGAUUAGGGGAAAGCCGUGCUGUGCAAGCUGCUACUCUUUUCCCCCUUGGGGGACUUGUUCCUUGCUGGGUGGCAGGGUCAUGGCCGCAUCCACGUGCGUGUGUGCAUUCCUCAGACUGGAUAUAUCUGUAUCUGUCAUUCCUGAAGUUUCUUGUCUGGAUGGUGGACUGGAGAUGGUCGCGUUUCCCCACCAUGUACCUCGUUGUCCUCCUCACUGCGGGGCACUGCCCGUAUCCCACUGCAUUUCUCCAGCUCCCACAUUCUUUCCAGGCUCCUUUCUUUCCAGCUGGACACCUGCAAAGGUGGAUCUACAUCCCUCUCACCUGUAUGCACGAAGUUGCUUUUUGCAUGUUACAUCCAUGGCAGUAAUGGAAAUAAGUGACCUGAGUUUGUAGCUCUGCUUUUACUCCUGGGAUAUUAGUGCUGGAAAACCAUCUCCCUAGUGCUUGGUCUCUGAUGAGAAACAUGUCUGCAGCUGUACCUGCAGCAUCCCCAGCAUAUCCUGCCAGCUUCAGCAAGUCAAUACUUUUGACUUGAAGAGAUCUUUCUCCAUAAAAAGGAUCCACACCCACCUUGGACACACCAGAUGUUGCCUUGUGAAACACUUGGGAGAGCUGGUGGCAAUGCAUGCAGGGCCUGGUGAGCCAGUUUGCUGUUCUGUGACGUUUUUUUGGGGUGCCUGCUGAAACACAGUGACAACUGGAGGUUCUGCUUUCCCCCUUUCUCAUUUGUCACUUUUCUUUUGGGAGAAAACAACCUAUUUUUGCCAGUGCUGAGCUCCCAAGAGACGGGGGCAGGAGGGCACUGCUGGAACACGUCCCUGCUUACAGGAGACACUUCCAGCCCAGGGCGAGGACUGGGACCAGCACAGUCCUUAGCAGGGAGAUUUCCUGUUCCCAGCAAGCAGAGCCAUUGCUUUUCUAGCACGAAUGUAAAGGUAGGGCUGGGUGAUGGAGCAGUUGGUGGGAAGUGUGUGUUGACUGGGACAAACAGCCUGUCACCUGUUGGGAUGAAUCUUCUUUUCCCAGCCUCUUUCCAGGAUCGUGCUGAUCCAAAGUCCUUCUCCAGAGCUUUUUGCUUCACAAAAAUGAAGCGGGGCCAUCAGUAACAUCAGUGUUUACCAGACCACCUUCGUUGUCUCGUCCUUGCAUUCGUUGUCCUUUGACUGGUAGAGUGGUUAAGAGAAACAAGCCAGCUUAAUGCAUGGUCAGAAAGCUACAAUUAACAAACCACAAAUAAGUAGGUAAAUAGGCUAAGCUGUAAGAUAGCGUGUAAGAGGAGGCAGUCUGCCUCUGUCAAGUGCAUGAUAAGCAUCGGCCAAGCUUGUUGCAGACACUGGGCAAGGCUGCUUUCGCUAGACUUUGAGUAUCCUAGUUUGCAAAGGCUCGUCAGUGUUCCUAAAGGCUCUUGGUUUUGGAGUGGGGUCGUCUCUUGUUUUCUGUGCGCUGUGACCACUUGCUUCCCGAACGGGUUCGUAGUGAUGGACUUAAUGGAGCUGUUCUUUAUAGUGACCUAAAAGGUGUCAGUCGUUUGCUCGUGUGUGUUCACAAGCUGAGCCGUGGCGUUGCGCGUCCCUCCGCAGUGGUGUGGUUUGAAGCACUUUUGGUGUGGCAUGUGCAGUUGCAGUGCUGUCUGUUUUUAAUUUCCCCCCCACCCUGGGAUGCCCUCCCCGUGUUCCCCCGUCUUUCGGACACUGAACCAAACCGACGUUGGGACUAGCACUUUAAGUACUAGUAGUCACUUUGCUUCGGACUAAACUGAGCACUGCACUUUUGUACAUACUGUUAGCACUGAGUUUGGAACUCUCUUCUUUUCCCCGUCUAUUUCCCCUCCUUGGCGCAGUGUUAAUGACCUAGGGGCCAUCAGAAGAAAAUGCUGAGGUGUGUUGGACCACUGUCUGGUGCCUGAUUUCCAUUACAUAUCCAUUAGCAAUUUGAUAGUAGGGAAUUUACCUAUCCAAGCUUAUUUUACACGACAGAACCAACACCUAAAUCACUGAAGUCCAGGCAGACGUGGUUGUUGUAAACUUGGAGGUCACCCGGAGCCCUGAGCGCGUGGCUUUUAAAAACACCAAAGAUAGGGGAAGGAGAAGUCUCACAAGGGAUUGGGAUGGUGCAAGAGCAUCUCCUUGUCUCCCGGAACUGAGCGGAGCAGGAGUCGCGGGGCAGACGCUCCCGUGUGUGGUGAGACACCCCGGUGAGUCCAGGGGCCGAGCCCAGUUCAAACCAGUCUGAGAUCCUGGUACCAGUAAAGGCUGCGCUCAAGCCAUUGCAAUAAAAGCUGUCACUGUGCCUGCACUGGGAGUGCUGUUGGAAUUGGUUGUGGGCUCCAACUGCAAAAGGUAUUUUUAAGUGGAAAAGGUUUAGAAGAUGGAGCAUAAUAACCCUGGGGUUUGCUGUUGAAUUUGGAAAGCGUUGUUAGGAGUUGAUCAGCUCUCGUGUUCAGAGGCGGUUCAGAUGUGCUAUUCCUGUUAAAUUCCUGUGGUAUUCCCGUAUGGAAGGCCAGGGAUCAGAGCUCCCUUGCCAGCAAGAAAGCAGCAGGGUAGAGUUAGUAGGAAACAUAGUCAGAAAUCUCUAGGAUUCGAAAUGGGAUGGUGAUCCCUGGGAUGCUGAAUAAUCUGGGUUUUGAUGUCCCAAACCACCCACUCCUGACCAAUUUGGUGGGGUUUUGCUUCUCUAAAAGCCCCUGUGGGUUUUCCAUGGCAGCAAAUAAAUCAUGGUGGGUGUGAGAGCUCCGCGUUCCCUUCACGCCGGGGUAUCCGCACUUGGGACUGCUGCUCAUCAUCCUUGACGAGCCCACAGUCAAUCCAAAUCCUUCUCUGGCAAUCCUCCCUGAUGGGAGUUUCUCCCCGGUGACACUUGAUGGAUAAACCCUGCCAGCACAGCAUGAUCAGUAUGAAUGCAGAGAAGGAAAUUAGGUCUUCUCCUUCACUGCUGCUAGCAAGGGGCCGUCAUGGAAAUAACCUUCAGCAACAAAAAGAAAUGGGCGUGUUGGGUUUCCCUGUUGCAGGAGAUGGAGGAGUUUUCCUGAACAACUCCACUUUUACUGGCUGGUUUUCCUUCAAUAGACCUUCAGGGGCUUGGGUAUUCAGUGGCUACCCAAGAUGGUUAAAAACCCCAAAUCUUGAGCAGCCCCAAGUGUUAUGCUCUUACAUCCUCUAUCACUGGAUGUAAAAACAGAAAUAGAAUCCACGCUUUGGGUUGGUUUCGGGUUUUUUUUCUUCCCCCCCGCCACCCGCCCCUGCCCCCUCCACCAAAUUAUCCCUGCAAAUUUAGCUUUAAAGAAAUAGCACCAGGCAAUGCUGCUGCUCUGUCUGAGCCCCCAAAAUUACAGUGGCUGAGGGAACAGCCUCUUCAGAGAGUACCUCGGUGACUCAGAGCCCACAUCCUGCUCACUGUCACCAGGAUAAAGGCAAACCAUGUAGGAAAUUCCUGCGCCCCCCCUCCUCCCCCAGCAAGCCCACCAGUCUCAUCGAGUCCUUGGAAAUAAACUUGGGAGGAAGGGGGAAGUGGAACAGGUAUUUUUGUCUUGCUUUCCCCGUCAGGUGUAGUUUUUUGUCCCUUGGAGAUGGCGUCUCAUCCUUUGGGAAGGUGGAAUGAAGCGUUUUUUCUCCUGCCCGUCACACUUGAGGCCUGAAUGCAGAUCCUAGCACAGCACCUUUUGCUCUGGAAGGGCCUUUUAGGUGGAAAAAAGAGGAUUUUUAGUUGUUUGGGUUUUCGGAUAGCUCGUGGGAAGCGCAUUGUAACAGCACACAGGUGGUGUUUUACCAACCUUUUCUGUUCCUCCAAGAGAGACUUUUUAAUUUACUUCAGUAGUUUAGAGUUCGUUUCCUUGAAAGUCUUUUUGGACCCAUGAAAAUGCCCUUGAAAUGAGUCAAGUUUAUCAAAGCAAAAUUGUGCACACACCCAUGCACUGGCCUGCGUGUUCGUGCUUGUCUCCCUGGGUGUGUAUACACACAGAGAAAUAUAUUAUUUCCCAAAACAUUCCUUUUUUUAAUUUUUUUUUUUUUUUUGGGGUUGGUUUGGUUUUUCUGGAUUUGUUUUCCCGCACCCCCAGGAUAUUAACCAAAAGGUGUUUUAAAGUCAUGGCAUGAAAACUCCUAAAUGUAAAUCUGAGUACCUUGUGAUGCUAAUUAACAGGUUUUUUCCUGAAACUUUAUGUGAUGCUUAAUAUUUUCCUUAGGAAGUUUUGUUUAAUGUUAGAUCAUUGUUCUGGAGGAUGUUGGUCCUACUGGCAUUAAACUAAUGGAAAUAAAAUGCAUGUGUUACAAGUGUAGAAACGGUGAAGAAUUAAGUGUGAGCUUACUGUACGAUACUGAUUCUGUUUUCAAACAAUCUGUUUUGCUGUUCAAUAGUUGACAUAUGGAAAUGCCAAUGUACUGUAAUUUAGCACUUUUCCAACGGACCCUGUUCUCACUACGCCUGAGGGAAGAAGCAGGUUUGGCUCGAGGCCGACUGAACGCAGCCUCUGAACCCAUUUCUGCGAGUUUUGGCACCAGAACUGGCCAGGUGGAACUUGACUUGGAGGUUUUUGCAUCGGUUCGCUGGCUGGCACAGGGCGGAGCGGGGUGGCUCUUCCAUCCCCCGUGGCCAAACCGGGACGAUUGUGCAACUUGGUGUGGUGAAAGGUGUCCCUGGCCAUGGCAGGGAGGGUGGCAUUAGAUGAUCUUUGAGGUCCCUUCCGUUCUGGGGUUCUAGGAUGCCGUGAUUUGGACGCAGCCCUCGCUGUGGGUGGAUGGACUGGUGGCACUGCGCUCCACCAGCGCAUCCCCCUGGGAGCCAGGCUGGCACAGGGCUGUCCGAGCUGGGGUGGGACAGCGGCCGAAAUCCGAGGGCAGAAGGGACGGCCCACCGGCCACCCCUCUCCAGCCCAAACCCUCCUUUCCUAGUGCUAACAGGGUGCAAAGUGUUACUUGUCAUGUACUGUACUGAAAGGGUUAAUUGAUCAGUGGCUGUAUUGUACUGUAUGAAAACUCAUGAAUUGCCUUGUAUUGUUUCUAAUGGACUGUUCCAUGUCUCCCCACGGCCCAUUCCCACGUUUCCCAAAGGACGCAUGUGCUCAGUUAGGUCCUCCAAACUCUCUGGUGCUAACUCCUCCGUAUCCGAUGGUGCUCCUGCGGACGCUAACUGACCACAUGCCCGUCCCCGGCUUGAAGCUCACCACGUCUUUCUUGUCUGUUUGUAUCGAGUCUCCCACACACACAGCCCCUCCACACACACGUGAGAAAAAUUAAGGAUAAACUUGAAUUUGUUUCAAAGCCUCAUUGACAAUCUAAUGUUUUCUAUGUCUGCUUUUAUUUUGGGAUGGUUUUUCUAGAAAGCAGCCCGCCAGCACCUUCGCCCCGGGAGGGGAUUUCGUCCUGUUCACUCCUCUGGCAUCCGAGGUGAGCUCCUCCCUCGCUGGCUUUUCAGGUUCAGCCACUGGAGGUUGAGCCAUCAGGAGCCAGUGAGGAAGAGGAGGUGCAGGUGCCUUCAAAGAUGCCCAACCCUAAAAAGCAUCUGGGAUCCUCAUGACUGCACGAUCCAAACGUAGGUGGGUGGGCACCGAGGGUCUUGGAGGGGAUGAACCCUGCCUUGCUUUGUGGCAAAAAUCGGCUUUUAAGGAGAACGGAGGUAGAAAUUUAGAGUCCCAAAGGCGCCUCCAUCUCCUCCCAGCAUUGUUUAUCUCCGCUGGCAGAGGAGCCACCUCCCGAGCCUGAGGUUUUCCAGGUGACACACGCCUUGGAUGGCCCGAACAGGGCCAUCCCCUCCAACCCCCUCCCACCCCCACCCCCCAGUGCGAGCUGCUUUUUGGACAAAAUGAAAUCUGACUAUAUUUUAUAUCGAUUUGAAAACAAAGUCUGAUAUUUACCCCUGUUCUCAACUGAAUUUGCAUAUUGUUGUUUGCCACGAUAUUUGUUCUGUCUUCAAAUAAAUUUGCUUACUUGUGUAGUCUUAACUGUCUGCUCGGAUUCUUACCCUCAGAUUUAUCCCUGCUCCAAGGUGCCUGCACCACAGCUCUCCUCUGAGUGCUUCCCAGGGAGGCGAGAAGGAAAUUUUUCCGGGAGGGGGAAUCAUUUCAGGCUGUAAAUGUUUUACUCUCCCUUAUCUCCCAUUCAUCUCCCCGGGGCUUUUCAAUUUGAUGCCCUUUUCUCCCCCCAGUCUUCCAUCAUCGGCUCCUUCUAUCCGGGUAAGUGUGUGACAGAGGAAAGGCUGCGCCUCAGCCCGCUUCGUUUGUGAGAUUGAAUUGUUGCUAACACAUUUUAUCCAGGGUGAGGCAUUUCCGACGGCGGUGUUUUGCAUUUGGGAACGGAAGGAUUUAUGGCUGCGAGCGGCCGAGAGCUCUGGGCAUCGGCGUCGGCAUCCAACGCCGGCUCUCCCUGCACAUUGCAUUAGCGAGACGUUGGCAUCAGUCACCGGAGACGUCGCGGCGGAAGGCAGUGCCCUCAGAAGGCUGGAAAACCGAUUUGCACAUGCGUUUCCAGGGAAGUAAUCAAAUCAGCCAGCAGGUUCAAUAAAAGGAAUAGGCAAAUAUUCCAGAUUCGCCCGCCUUCGCAAACAAAACCUGUUGCAAGGCUUGCAGGUUUUGGGGUUCCUCCCCCUCCCCAAAACAGCUGUUUGGGGAUUAAAAUUGUUCCAAGCUGCUGCAGGGGGACAUUUUUUAUUCCUUAAAAGACACGGCUCUAUCCGAGAGGAACAUUUCAGGAGAAUCCUUGCCAGGGUUUGGUCACUCUCCUUUCUUUUCGAAUCCAUCCCUGUGCACGUGUUAUGGCAACAGAGUCCAUUUUCAGAGAUUCACCCCCCUUCUCCUGGCAGCAUUCCCCCUCUCCCUGCCUUCAUCCUCCCCUCUGAUCCCCCUCUAGCUUUUUUACCCAGUUUAUCAAGGUUUUGUAAUGUUUUCUGUAAUGCUGCUCCUCACAGUACGAGCAAUGCUGCCCACGGCAAUACAUGUCACCACGGGAAGGAGGGAGAGGAAUCCCGUGGGGAAACGCUGGGAGAACGAAUCCAGGUUUCACAGAGGGUGCUGCCAGGUACGUCUGCCUCCCAUCCAGUGCCAAAAUGCCGUGUCUGCACCCCAAAAUGUGUUUUAGGGAUCCGUAUCCUCGUGGCCCUGGGCGAUCCGGUGCUCCCCUGCACCCUCACGGGGGGUCAGGUGCCCUUGGAGCGGCUCCCACUGGGUUUGUGCACCCUCAGCUGCUGGCAGAAGGAAGAACUUGACUGAUUUAUUUUAUUUAUUCCCCGUGGGGGUGGUUUUUCUCCCCUCUCUAAAACACAGGAAUCCAGCAGUCUUUGAGAAGCGGUGGAUAAGCCCAGGCAAUACUUUCCAUAGGCAGUGGUGGCCACGAGUAAUUUUUUCUGCUUCUUUUUCUCCUGUGUUUUGUACCACACCCUAAAAAAGCCAAGUUUCAGUGGAAAAAUCACAAAAAUGAGAAAGCAAGGUACCCCAUAGGGGGGUCUAAUGUUACACAGCCAACAUUAAUGUAUUUUUUAAUAAAGUGGCCUUUUAUGCCACUUUACCAGCAUUGCCUUUUUAGAAGGUUCUAGCACAGAAAUGAUGAGAUUUUAGAGGUGGUGGUGGAAAAUCCUGCCUUCAUUAAUUCCCUCUCAGUGAGGCUUGUCAGUUUUCCCUGCCAGGGAGCCUGAUGAAUGUCCCCCACUGCUGCCGGGAGAUUCCGCAGGCUCUGCCCCUGCCACUCCUUUGCAGGAAAAUCCACAGCUCAUCCCAAGAGCUCCCUCUUUCCAAUAAACCACGUCGUGCUGCUCCGAGGAUGGUCCUGGCUCAGGCUGCACAGCUGCAGGUGCCAGGUUUUGCCGGUCCUUUGCCGAGGACCCGCCGUCGGGUCGAUACCUCAGAAACCUCUUUAUUUCUGAUGGGGAGCCAAGAGAAAUAUCCCAGCUCCAUCUUUCUAUUUAAGCUUUGCCUAUUAAACAUUUUAAUGGUGGCAAGGAAUCAGUAAAUGGAAACUUAGCACCGAAGCGUGCGUGUCCGUAUGUCCGUGCAUUGUUUCCUCGAAUUAAAUCACGAGGAAACCUUCAGCAAUUGAAAGAUGGAAUAAAAGCUGUUCAGCAUUUGUUUUAAGGCUGACCUCCCGUGGCUCAGGGUGCUCUUUUUUGGGCCAUGUUGGACAAGCCAGGGGUGAUUUUUAUGGGGGGGGUGCUGCUUUCCCAUAGGCUUUUGAAGGCAUGGAGUGCAUCAUGUCCUCGGGAAGCUCCGGGGUGGGAAGAUUGAUUGUCCACUGCCAUGAGGCAGGAUUUGCCUUGUCCCAUGGCUGUUCUCUGCUGCAGCGUCACAAACAUGGGCAAUAUGGUUAAAAAUGAUCUUCUCUAAAACAAAUCUGCAACCAAAACAUCCAGAGGAGUGUGAACAGUUCCUGGCAGCUGUCUUUCCUGGGAAUUGGAAUGGUGAGUGGUUGUCACCUAGACAAAUACCUAGAAAGAAGUAGUUUAUAUAAAUUGCUCUCUUUUCCUUUGUUAGCUGUAGCUUUACUUAGAAAAUUCACUUCAGGGAUGUGGUGUUUUGAAUCCUUUAAUUUUUUCCCUCGCUUCAGGGUGAAGUCCCAAGUCCUGUUUUACCCAGCGGAGAAUUAAGGGAACUGUGACCUACGUCAGUGUUCCUGGUAGGACAGCCAGAGUAGCUCCCCGGCCUUCCCAUCUGACAUGAAAAAAUAUCAUUAUAUGUAUCUAUUAAUAUAUUAUAUUACAUUAGAAAUAUCACUAUCUUAUCCUGCUAAAAAUCCCAGGGAAGUCUCUCCCAGUCCAAAAGUGUCCCCUUGGCACUCCAGACUGUAGCAGUGUCACAGCCUCAGUUAUUACAUCACUGUCCUGAUAAUACUGCUCCAUUUGGACAUAGAGGAGACAGUAGAACAAGUCCAAAGGAGAUAAAUAAAGAGCAGUGGGUAGAAAUUGGUGCAGGUCUGUCACCCUUUAAAGCUGAGGGCAAGAUGAGUAGAGUGCCAGAUUGUAAGCAAAUGUAUUCAUUUUAACUGCUUAUAUUCACUAAUCACGUGUCAUAUUUGGUACAUCAUCAUAGACGCGCCCCAGUUUUGAGUAUUGCUCCACAAUAUUUCACGGGAAUGUGGUGAAAGGAAUUAAUCACACGAGUUCACUGAAAGGCAGACAGGGAUUGAUCAUCACAUUCCCGGGCCCUGCUGCCAACGCUCGCGACUCGACACCCACAGCGGGCGCAAAUCCUUGUGAUUCUCCCCUUAGAGAGAAGGGAGCAUUUGAUUCCAAAUUUUUCCUUGGAGAGAAGAGCGCAAGUUGUGCCAGGCGGCCCCGGGCUGGGCCGAACACGACGGA